AUGAUUUUCAAAGUAGUGCGGACUGAUACAGAUAAUAAUUACAAAAUAAAACUUCCGUUUGGUGUAUUUACGAUUGGUAGAGGCCACUUUAAACUUGAAGAGGAUUUAAGAAUAUCACGUAACCAUGCUCAGCUGGAAGUGACCGCAGAUACUCUCACCCUUAAAUCAUUACACAAAAAUCCAUGUUUCUACAUUAAAGAAGGCAAAGAAAUACAUAUAUUGAGACAGGAUUGUUCAGUAGAACUCACUCAUGGUAACAAGUUUGGACUGCUACCGGAAGUUUUUUGGUACGAAGUGCAACAGUUACCUGAUGAAGAUUCAAAUGAAAGUGACAAAGAUGAGACAGUACUUGUACCAAAUGGAACUUCUACAGAUAACGAGGUUCGGACAUCAAUAAGUGAGGAUAAUGAUCCACAAUCUAAUCAACAUACUGAUACUGCACCGAACAAAACCGACAUCAAUGGAAUUUCACCUCAAGUGCCUUUAGUAGAUAAUGCGGUGACUCCAACUAAACGGAACAACACUUCUAUGGAUACUAGUCCUGUGGAUGUUAAGAAAGUUAAAACUGAGCCAGUGGACAGUAGUAUUGUGAAAACGGAACCUAUGGACACAAGUAAUGUUCAGGUUGAGCCUACGGUACAAAAUGCUGAUGUAACAUCAGGCAAUGCCACUGUCAAAGUUGAGCCUACGGAGAGUUCCAAUGCAAGGGUUGAUCCUGACACUAGAAAUGCGGCAGGUCCGAGUGAUGUUCAACCUGGUACAUCAAAUAAUGACCAAAGCGGCGAUAAUGCUGCACCCACAUCACCUGUGAAACCUACAGUGCGGUUACGAGAGAGAUGCUUUUAUGGAGCCAAUUGUUAUAGACGGAACCCCCAGCAUCGUGUGGACUUUUGUCACCCGAACGACUCGGACUGGGGCUCCGGCGAGCAGACAGCGUGUCCGUACGGCAGCGGCUGCGGGCGGCGCGACCCGCGCCACUGGCGCCUGCACUCGCACCCCGCCGGCGCCGCCCCGCCCGCGCCGCGCCCCCACCCGCCAGGUAUGCGAAGAGUAGAACGUCACGGUAACAUCUACUACAUAAAUGCACACACAGUUAACUUUUACGACGACCAUUUUGAAACUGAAGAUUCAGAUGGUGAUAGCGUCGAUUACGAUUAUGAGUUUUAA